AGAGAGUCUGUGAGUGGACCUGGAGAGAGUUCAGCAGUAUUAGGAUGCAGCAGCAGAGACCUGGACCUGGACCUGAAGCUGGACCUGAAGCUGGACCUGAAGCUGGACCUGAAGCUGGACCUGAAGCUGGACCUAAACCCAAACCUGGACCUGGACCUGAAGAUGAAGAUGGACCUGAACCUGGACCUGGAUCCAGCUGUGUGUCCAUGAAGAGUGACAGGUCUAUGGAUCCCCCUUAUACCUUUAAAUCUGGACGUCCUGCAGAGGGAAGGAUCCAGAGACCUGGACCUGGACCUGGAUCCAGCUGUGUGUCCAUGAAGAGUGAGUUUUCUAUGGAGUCUCCUCCUUACUUUAAAGCUGGACAAAGUGCUGAUGAAAGUUUCAGGAUCCAGCAGCAGAGACCUGGACCUGGACCUGGACCUGGACCCAGCUGUGAGUCCAUGAAGAGUGACUUUUCUAUGGAGUCUCCUCCUUACUUUAAAGCUGGACAAAGUGCUGAUGAAAGAGUUCUGCAGGAGUUCUCAGAGGUUCCCAGUGAUCAGUCUGCCCCGAAGCAUCACACUGACCUGGACUCCAUAUUUAUGCUACUGGAGGAGAACAUCGUGACUUUUGUGAAGAACGAGCUGAAGAAGAUCCAGAAGGCUCUGAGUUCAGAUUACCCAGAAGGCUUAGAGUGUCAGAGUGAGGACGAGGAGGUGUUGGACGGUGAGGAUGAAGAGCAGAGGAGGAGCAGCAGAGAGGCAUUUCUGAACAUCUCAGUGCACUUCCUGAGGAGCAUGAAGCAGGAGGAGCUGGCUGAGCGUCUGCAGAGCAGAACUCCUGCUGCAGUGUGCAGUAAACUCAAAUCCACCCUGAAGGAGAGGUUCCAGUGUGUGUUUGAAGGCAUUGCUAAAGCAGGAAACCAAACCCUUCUGAACCAGAUCUAUACAGAGCUCUACAUCACAGAGGGGGGGUCUGCAGAGGUCAAUGCUGAACAUGAGGUCAGACAGAUUGAAACAGCAUCCAGGAAACCACACAGACCAGAAACACCCAUCAGACAAGAAGACCUCUUUAAAGCCUCACCUGGAAGAGAUGCACCAAUCAGAGCAGUGAUGACAAAGGGCGUGGCUGGCAUUGGGAAAACAGUCUUAACACAGAAGUUCACUCUGGACUGGGCUGAAGGCAAAGCCAACCAGGACAUCCAGUUCAUAUUUCCAUUCACCUUCAGAGAGCUGAAUGUGGUGAGAGAGAACAAGUACAGCUUGGUGGAACUUGUUCAUCACUUCUUCUCUGAAACCAGAGACGCAGGAAUCUGCAGGUUUGAUCAGUUCUCGGUUGUGUUCAUCUUUGACGGUCUGGAUGAGUGUCGACUUCCUCUGGACUUCCUCAACACUGAGAUCCUGACUGAUGUCACAGAGUCCACCUCAGUGGAUGUGCUGCUGACAAACCUCAUCAGGGGGAAGCUGCUUCCCUCUGCUCGCCUCUGGAUAACCACACGACCUGCAGCAGCCAAUCAGAUCCCUCCUGAGUGUGUGGACAUGGUGACAGAGGUCCGAGGGUUCACUGACCCACAGAAGGAGGAGUACUUCAGGAAGAGAUUCAGAGAUAAGAAUCAGGCCGGCACCAUCAUCUCCCACAUCAAGACCUCACGAAGCCUCCACAUCAUGUGCCACAUCCCAGUCUUCUGCUGGAUCUCUACUUCAGUUCUGGAGGACAUGUUGAAAACCAGAGAGGGAGGAGAGCUGCCCAAGACCCUGACUGAGAUGUACAUCCACUUCUUGGUGGUUCAGUCCAAAGUGAAGAACAUCAAGUAUGACGGAGGAGCUGAAACAGAUCCACACUGGAGUCCAGAGAGCAGGAAGAUGAUGGAGUCUCUAGGAAAACUGGCUUUUGAGCAGCUGCUGAAAGGCAACCUGAUCUUCUAUGAGUCCGACCUGACAGAGUGUGGCAUCGAUAUCACAGAAGCCUCAGUGUACUCAGGAGUGUUCACACAGGUCUUUAGAGAGGAGAGAGGACUGUACCAGGACAAGGUGUUCUGCUUCGUCCAUCUGAGCGUUCAGGAGUUUCUGGCUGCUCUUCAUGUCCAUCUGACCUUCAUCAACGCAGAAGAACCAACAACCUCCCAGCAGUCCUGGCUGCAGGAAGUCUUGAGACCCAAACCUAAACUAACACAUCUCUACCAGAGGGCUGUGGACCAGGCCUUACAGAGUCCAAACGGACACCUGGACUUGUUCCUCCGCUUCCUCCUGGGUCUUUCACUGCAGACCAAUCAGAAACUCCUACGAGGCCUGCUGACACAGACAGGAAGUGGCUUAGGGACCAACCAGAAAACAGUCCAGUACAUCAAGAAGAAGAUAGAAGAGGAUCUGUCUGCAGAGAGAAGCAUCAACCUGUUCCACUGUCUGAAUGAACUGAAUGAUCGUUCUCUAGUGAAGCAGAUCCAACGGUCCCUGAUAUCAGGACGUCUCUCUGAAGAUAAACUGUCUCCUGCUCAGUGGUCAGCUCUGGUCUUCAUCUUACUGUCAUCAGAAGAAGAUCUGGACGUGUUUGACCUGAAGAAAUACUCUGCUUCAGAGGAGGCUCUACUGAGGCUGCUGCCAGUGGUCAAAGCCUCCAACAAAGCUCUACUGAGUGGCUGUAACCUCUCAGAGAGAAGCUGUGAAGCUCUGUCCUCAGUCCUCAGCUCCCAGUCCUCUAGUCUGAGAGAGCUGGACCUGAGUAACAACGACCUGCAGGAUUCAGGAGUGAAGCUGCUGUCUGCUGGACUGGAGAGUCCACACUGUGAACUGGAGACCCUCAGUCUGGCAGGCUGUCUGGUCACAGAGGAAGGCUGUGUUUCUCUGGCUUCAGCUCUGAGCUCUAACCCCUCCCAUCUGAGAGAGCUGGACCUGAGCUACAAUCAUCCAGGAGACUCGGGAGAGAAGCUGCUGUCUGCUGGACUGGAGGAUCCACUCUGGAGACUGGAGACACUCAGGAUGGACCAUGGUGGACUGCAGAGGUUGAAACCUGGUGUGAGGAAGUAUGCCUGUGAACUGGAGCUGGACACAAACACAGCACAGAGGAAACUCAAACUGUCUGACAACAACAGGACGGUGACACGUUUGGAGGAGGAGCAGCCAUAUCCUGAUCAUCCAGAGAGGUUUGACUCCUGGUAUCAGCUGAUGUGCAGAGAAGCUCUGACUGGUCGCUGCUUCUGGGAGGUCGAGAGGAGAGGAGAGGUUUAUAUAUCAGUGACUUACAGAGGAAUCAGCAGGAGAGGAAAGAGUCAGGACUGUGAGUUUGGAAAGAAUGAUCAGUCCUGGAGUCUGGAGUGCUCUGAUGAUGGUCGUUACUGUGUCUGGCACAAUAACAGCCUAACAAACAUCCCCUCCUCCUCCUCCUCCUCCUCCUCCUCCUCCCCCUCUGGUAGAGUAGCAGUGUAUCUGGAUCAUCCUGCUGGCUCUCUCUCCUUCUACAGAGUCUCCUCUGACAAACUGACCCACAUCCACACCUUCAGAACCACCUUCACUGAACCUCUCUAUGCUGGGUUCGGGUUAUGGACUGAUGGUUCCUCAGUGUCUCUGGUUCCUCUGCAGGUCUGAGAGUCUCUCCUCAGUGUCUCUGGUUCCUCUGCAGGUCUGAGAGUCUCUCCUCAGUGUCUCUGGUUCCUCUGCAGGUCUGAGAGUCUCUCCUCAGUGUCUCUGGUUCCUCUGCAGGUCUGAGAGUCUCUCCUCAGUGUCUCUGGUUCCUCUGCAGGUCUGAGAGUCUCUCCUCAGUGUCUCUGGUUCCUCUGCAGGUCUGAGAGUCUCUCCUCAGUGUCUCUGGUUCCUCUGCAGGUCUGAGAGUCUCUCCUGACUGACUGUAAUAUCUGGAAUCAUACUGUAAUGUUCUGAAUGUCAAACUGUGAUCUUUUUCUUCCUAUGUUUCUAAAUAUUGUUGAAUAAAAGACUCUCUCUUGAUUCUGAG